UGACCACACCCUGUGUGUCUGCCCGUCCUGUGGGCACCGAGGUCCCUCCCUAUGCACUGCCAGAGCCAGAGACGGGAGACGCCAUGACCCCCGCCCUCACGGCCCUGCUCUGUCUCGGGCUGAGUGUGGGCGCCAGGACCCAAGUGCAGGCAGGGACCCUCCCCAAACCCACCAUCUGGGCUGAGCCAGGCUCUGUGAUCCCCCAGGGGACAUCUGUGACCAUCUGGUGUCGGGGGAGCCUGGAGGCCCAGGAGUACCGCCUAUAUAAAAAGGGAAACUCAGAGACCUGGGACAGACAGAAGCCACUGGAGCCCGGGGACAAGGCCAAGUUCUCCAUCAGAUACAUGACAGAUGUAUAUGCAGGACGGUAUCUCUGUUCCUAUCGCAGUCCCACUGGCUGGUCAGAGCCCAGUGACCCCCUUGAGCUGGUGGUGACAGGAUUGCACAGCAAACCCAGCCUCAUAGCCACGCCCAGCCCUGUUGUGACCUCAGGAGGGAACGUGACCCUCCAGUGUGGCUCGUGGGUGGGAUUCGACAGGUUCAUCCUGAUGAAGGAAGGAGAACGCCAGACCUCCUGGACCCGGGACUCCCAGCCAGCCCCCAGUGGGGGGUCCCAGGCCAUGUUCCCUGUGGGCCCUGUGACCCCCAGCCUCAGGUGGACAUUCAGAUGCUAUGGUUGUUACAGCAACACCCCCCAGGUGUGGUCACUCCCCAGUGACCCCCUGGAGCUGGUGGUCUCAGGUGUGUCGGGCAAGCCCUCCCUCCUGAGCCAGCAGGGCCCUGUCGUGACCUCUGGACAGAGCCUGACCCUCCAGUGUCGCUCUGAUGUUGGCUACGACAGAUUCGCUCUGUCCAAGGAGGGAGCAGGUGACCCUCCCCGGCGCCUUGGCCGGCAGCCCCACGCUGGGCUCUCUGGGGCGAACUUCGACCUGGACCCUGUGAGACCCUCCCACGGCGGCCGGUACACAUGCUAUGGUGGACAGAACCUCUCCUCCGAGUGGUCGGCCCCCAGUGACCCCCUGGACAUCCUGGUCGCAGGACAGCUCCCCUACAAACCCUCCCUCUCAGUGCAGCCAGGACCCACGGUGACCUCAGGAGAGAAUGUGACCCUGCUGUGUCAGUUAUGGAGCUCUGUGGACACUUUCCUUCUAUCCAAGGAGGGGGCAGCCGAUCCCCCGCUGCGUCUUAGAUCAAAGCACCGAGCUGGGCAGCACCAGGCUGAAUUCUCCAUGAGUCCUGUGACCUCAGCCCACGGGGGGACCUACAGGUGCUACGGCUUAGUGAGCACCUCCCCCUACGUGUUGUCACAGCCCAGUGACCCCCUGGAGCUCCUGGUCAACGGACCCUCUACAGACCCUGGCCCCUCACCCACAGGGCCCAGCUCAACAGCUGGUUCCCACUGGUACCUGUACGUCCUCAUCGGGGUCUCGGUGGCCUUCGUCCUGCUGCUCGGCCUCCUCGGCCUCCUCCUGGUCCGACACCGGCGUCGGGGCAAAGGCAGGAAGCCAGGGGCUGCAGACCCAGAGCCCAAGGACAGAGGCCUGCAGGACAGCUCCAGCUCAGCUGCUGCUGACCAAGAGGAGAGCCUCUAUGCUGCCGUGCAAGACACUCAGCCUGAGGAGGGGGUGGAGCUGGACCAUCGGCAGAACGCACGGGAUGAAGACCCCCAGGGAUUGACACGGGCCCAGGCUGCGACAUCUCAUGCCCCUUCAGAUGUGACCUACGCCCAGCUGAACCGCUUGACCCUCCGACGAGAGACAAGUGCAUCCCCUCCCUCCCAACCAGGGAAGCCCCCAGCAGAGCCCAAUGUGUAUGCUGCUCUGGCCCUCCGCUAGCCCAGGAAGGACCCAGACCCCACACUCCAGGGAAGCGACCGCAGAGACCCUGGAAGGCACAGGAGCUGCCCACACUGGGCGCCACCUAAUGCCAGCCAACCUGGACUCCUCACGCAGACCAGUAGGAACUCCCGGGACCCUCUGGGAGUCACCUGAUUCUGCCAUCAAAGAUAGUACUAUCUCUAUACUUUGGAAAUCAAAGCAACGGACUUCUCAAUAAUUCAGGAAUGAAAUGAGAAAACCAAAAUGGAAAUGAGAGAAUGUUUACACUGAAGGACAAUGUAAAUGUUACACAUCAAACCUAUGAAAUGGGAAAAUUAAGAACCAAGAACUAAUAUAUUAGAACUAAUAUAUUAGAACAGAAAACAGAGUAAAAUAAUGAUAUAACCUAUUAUAUCGAGACUAUAGAAAAAGAAUAGCAGGGGUGCCUGGCCUUCGGCUCAGGUCAUGAUCCCAGGGUCUGGGAUCAAGCCCCGCAUCAGGCUCCCUGCUCAGAAGGACGCCUGCAUCUCCCUCUCCCACUCCCCCUGCUUGUGUUCCCUCUCUCACUGUGUCUCUCUCUGUCAAAUAAAUGAAUAAAACUUAAAAAAAAAGAAAGAAAAAGAAUAGCAAAUUAUUCCAAAUGAAGGUAGAAGGAGGAAAAUAAUAAUGACAAGAGUAUCUACUAGUGAGGACAAAAAAAAUAGAGAAAAAUCAAUAAAGCCAAAAUGUUCAUUUUUGUAAACAAUGGUCACAUUUAUAAAUCCUAGCUACAAUAGCCAGGUGAGAGAGAGAGAGAGAGAGAGAGAGGAGGUACACAUCACCAUUAUCAGGACAGCAUCACAUCCUACACACUUUAAAUCAAUAAUAGAAUGUUAUGAAUCAUUUUAAGCAGAGUAACUGAAAAAGUCCUCAAAAAUACAAGUUACAAAAUGAUGAAGAAGUAGAAAAUAUGUAUCACCCUAUGUGUACAUUAAAUGCAUUGACUCUGUGAUCAAAAACCUAUGACCCAGCAAUUGCACUACUGGGUAUUUACCCCAAAGAUACAGAUGUAGUGAAAAGAAGGCCCACAUGCACCCCAAUGUUCAUAACAGCAAUGUCCGCAACAGCCAAGCUGUGGAA